AUGGUAAAGGGACUUUUGUUAUGCAGGUUUAUUCCAUCUAGGGUUGCUUCCCAGGCCAUCACACGUUCAAUUAAGCAACAGUUUUUAAGUCCAUGGCCUACUUGGGGAGUAAUACCUGAUGAUGACAGAAAGCCAUUCUGGCAGCGCUUUCAGAUGAAGGUGCAGUGGAAACCUGAACAUGAAAGUCAGAUACACAGAAAUUUCCACAUGAAAGCAUCUCAUCGGCUGUCAGAGAUGUUUAGGGAUGCCCGCAAUGCAGGACAGCGCCCUAACUGGCUGGGUGAAAUAAUUUGGAACUCUUUACUGGCCCAUUGGAAUACAGUAGAGUUCCGCAAUAAGUGUGCCAAAGCCCAGCGGAACAGAGCAUUUGAAAGGGGUGGCACCCUGCAUACUGGUGGGUCGAUCACCAUUCAUGAGCAUGCCAUUCGUAUGGCACAGGCUCUAGGACGGGCGGUCCAUGUUGAUGAGGUCUUUGCACAGACUCAUGUUCGGAAGGGAACUAAUCAAUUUGUUGAUGAAAGAUCUCGCAAGACUCAUGAAGACUUUUCUACGAGACUUUCACAGGUUAGAUCUGAACAUGAGUCAGCUCUUACACCGGAUGAUGCCAGUAAUGCAGAUGAUGACAUCCGUAGGACGCAGUGCUGGAUCGACAUCGUUGGUGGGAAGAAAAAAGGACGAGUGUAUGGUGCGGGACAACUUGCUGCAAACUAUACAGCAUCCAGAGGAGGUACUCUGAAGCACCAGCCUUCUUCUUCCACCAGUACUCCUGACGAGGUCGUUCUUCGCCUCACGCAGGAACUCCGACAACGUGACCAGGAGAUCACUGAUCUCAGAGCAGAGUUUACAAACUUUAAGGCCCUGGUCAUGAGAGUCUUGCCUGAAACCUCACAGGACGUACAAAAUAUCCCUCCGACCCAACCACGACCCUCCUCAUCACCUGCUGCCACUCAGCAGCCCACAUCAGUCCAACCCUCAUCAGUCCAACCCACACUAGUCCAGCCAUCAUUAGAUCUACUUCCAGACUUUGGAUGUUAG